AUGGCCACCAUCAAGCCGAUAGAGGGCAGCAGUGUCCAUCAGAUCCAAUCCGGGCAGGUCAUCGUCGACCUCAAUUCGGUGGUGAAGGAACUGGUCGAGAACAGCUUGGAUGCCGGGGCCACCUCAAUCGACGUGCGGUUCAAGAACAACGGCCUCGAUUCGAUUGAGGUGCAAGACAAUGGCAAUGGUAUCUCACCAGACGACUUUGAGACUCUCGCUCUGAAGCACUACACGUCAAAGUUGUCCACCUAUGAGGACCUCACCUCCCUGGACACGUUCGGGUUUCGUGGAGAGGCAUUAUCGUCCCUCUGCGCCUUGUCCAAGUUUCGUGUUCUGACUGCUCGGGUGGAAGAUGGUGCCAUGGGCAACAAACUCGAAUUUGAGGUUUCUGGGAAGCUGAAAAGCUGCUCUGUAUCUUCUGCGCAGAAGGGAACGACGGUGUUUGUGGAAGACAUCUUUUACAACCUCCCUGUUCGACGCAAGGAGUUGGAAAAGAACGUCAAGCGUGAUUAUUUGAAAGCAGUCACAUUACUUUAUGCCUACGCAUGUAUCAGCGUUGGCGUACGUUUCUCGGUCACCAAUCUGAUGCCAAAAGGGAAGAAGGUCCUUGUCUUCUCGACCAAGUCUAAUACCACUACCAAGGAGAACAUCAUGAAUGUGUUUGGGGCGAAGACUCUCCUCGCGUUGGUCAAGCUGGACUUGACUCUGGAAAUGGAACCCAGAAACGGGCCUAGCACUCAAGGCGCUCGCAACUGGUCCACUCAAGCCACAGACCGCUCGAUGGAAGUGCGAAUAGAGGGUCAUAUUUCAAGGCCUACAUUCGGUGACGGUCGUCAAGCUCCGGAUCGGCAAAUGUAUUUUGUCAACUCCAGGCCGUGUCUCCUGCCGCAAGUCCUAAAAGUCUUCAACGAAGUUUACAAGUCCUUCAAUGUCGCCCAGUCACCCUUCGUCUUCGCCAAUCUCAUUAUGGAUACGCAUGCAUACGAUGUGAAUGUGUCACCAGACAAGCGAACGAWCAUGCUUCACGAUCAGACCGCCUUGCUAGAAAGCUUAAAAACUGCGCUGACGGAAAUGUUUGAGAAUACUGAUCAUACCAUUCCACAAUCGACUCUUCCAAGCCGAAAGUUGCCAUCUUAUCAAUCGUUGGCGGUACCGAGACCGGCCACUCCGGACGACGAUAGUGAGAUCGAAGCAGAAAGCGAUGAAGAUCAAGCUAAGACCAACGCUUCUGAUGCUUUGAGUGGCCAGGGAGCCAAGGUUAAUGGUUCGCCUGCCAAUUUCAUACACGACUGGGUCAGCCGAGACUGUGAGCCUCGAAGAGAGAUCAAGCCUUCUCGCAAACGUGCAAGCGAAUUGGUAGACAACGGUCAUCAAGGGCCUGGGACUUCUGUGCAGAAGCAAGACGACAAUACUACGGCGCCUGUGCGGCCCGACAACAACGAAGGAAAGGGUGACUUGCUUGAUGAUGAACCGUCUGCAAGUACUUGCACGGCUGAAAACGUGCAAGCAUCUGAAGAAGUUCAAGAAUCUGGUCGGAUGUCCGUGAACUCCAACAUCGCAACAUCCACGAUUGAUGCCGUUCGUAAUCCAGAUCCGCUGAGCUCCCCCUAUGCCGAUCUCUUUUCGCAAAAGCCACCCGAGCUUUCACAGCGUGUACAAGACUUCAACAUGAAGAUGGAGCAAGCUCGAGAGAGCAGAAUCAAUGAGGCAGGUCCUGGUAAUGCCCGCCCGAUGUCCGACAUGCCCCCACCACAGAGGCAUGCAGAUCUGGCCAGAAGCCAACAGGCCGAGCAAAGCAUACCGGCGAGUAGUCCCAGCUCGCAGAAAGUCACGCCCGGUCCAGUCCUGAACGCGUUUGAUCGGAUGCGACCGACUCGCACACCAUUACAGCAGGCUGAGAUCACAGUCGGGGACGUGACAACCACGACGAUGAUUGGCAACAGUCCGCCGCACAAAAGGCGACGUAUCCACACGCCGAACGACUCUCAAGCAGUUGCCAAGUUCGGUGCGAGUCCGUCGCUGGCACACGGUCUCCGAAAGAGCUUUGCUGCACCUGGCUCCCAGCUUCAGAUCGACAGUAGCGCGAUUUCGUUCGACAAAGGACCUAGUGACGAGGAAGGCGACGACGAUUGUGAGGAUGCGGAAGACGGUGAGAGCGGGGAGGAACCAGAAAUCGACGGUCGAGGGGAAGAAGACUGCACUGCAUCGCGAGAUCCUUUCACUUCGGAUGCUAUGGAAGACCUCGUCCCAGCGCCUGCUAACGACGACGAAUGGGAUGAGGACUACACGGAUGACGAAGAUAGAAAGAUUAGAGAAGACGAAAAGGUUGCACGUCUGAUACAGCAAGCUGAAGARGCUGCGGCACGGCCGACAGAUGAGAACCUGAAGCGAGCAUCGCAAGUCAUGAAGAACAUUGGUAAUAGGAAGGACUCGACGUUACACAUAGCCCAAUCUGUGGCUACGACAAUCACCAAGAUCAAGCAGCAGCAUGCACAUCUUCAAUCACAUUCCUGCGCUUGUGUCGAUCAGGAAGAAGGAUCUGCCGACAACWCCAUUGUCAAGGGCGAGCUGGACAAUGCUGAAGCUGAGAGCCGCCUGUCGCUGACAGUCAUGAAGACUGACUUCGCCCGCAUGCGGAUCAUCGGGCAGUUCAAUCUAGGCUUCAUACUCGCCGUUAGACCUGGUGCUACUCCUGAAGAUGAAGAUGAUCUCUUCAUUAUCGAUCAGCACGCAGCAGAUGAAAAGUACAACUACGAACGUCUGCAGCGUACAGUGACGCUCCAAAGUCAACGCCUCGCUCGUCCUAAACCACUUGAGCUCACGGCGAUUGAAGAAGAGGUCAUUCUAAGUAACAUCGAUGCUCUCAAAGCGAAUGGCUUCGAGAUUGAAACCAAAUCUCACCUAGACGGUGAUGAAGAUGACAACGAACCUGCCGGACGUCGUUGCCGACUAAUCGCUCUACCCAUGAGCAGAGAGAAGACCUUUGACAUCUCAGAUCUGGAGGAACUGCUGCACCUCCUCUCCGAAGCACCUCCUGGCGGCAGUGAGAUACCACGGCCGAGAAAAGUCCAGAAAAUGCUUGCGAUGCGGGCUUGUAGAAGCAGUAUCAUGGUCGGCAAAACGUUGACGAUGAAGCAGAUGGAGAAGGUCGUGAAACAUAUGGGUGAGAUGGAGAAACCCUGGAACUGUCCGCAUGGAAGACCAACGAUGCGGCAUUUGGCUGGUCUUGGGGCUUGGCAGGGAUGGAAAGAUGGGCAGAUGUUCGAAGAUGAAACGAGGGAGUAUGGGGCUGGAGGCAAGACGGAUUGGGCGGCGUGGAUGAAGGAUAGGAAGAAGUGA